AUGUCAGUGGUUACGGCAGAGUUGGAUCUUGUUCAUGAUGGAAGAAAACGAGGAGCACGGUCAUGUGCUUUCGGAAGGUUUGUGUUUUGUGGUUUUGCCGCAGGUACUCCCACCACCGUGUUUCAGAGACAUCCGAGGACCCUUGCCACACUGAUCCCAGCGGACGUGAUAGCACGGGUCCCAGUCAUGGCUGACAACGGAGUCCCUCAAUUCACACAGGCCGAACUCAUGGCCCAAAUGGCGGAACUUCAAGCGGAGGUCAAAAGACUAGCCGAACUAUCAGCACGAAAUAACGCCAACCAGAUAGGCGAGGGAAGUUCCAAAAGAUCUUCCCAGGGCGCGCCUGACCUGCUGAUCGCUGACCCACCGAAAGAGAGACUGACCUUGGACAACCCUUUUUCCGAAGAAAUCACAAAUUUUCAAAUGCCAAAACAUUUCACACUCCCCUCCUCACUUGAGCCGUAUAAGGGGAUUGGUGACCCCCGGGCUCACAUUAAGAAAUUUCAAUCUAUGAUGUUUUUUAACGGUCCUAACAAUGAACCUGUGCUUUGCAGAGCAUUCCCGACAUAUCUUGACGGAGCAGCUUUGCUUUGGUUCUCAAAACUACCUGCAGGUUCAAUCUCAUCAUUUGAAGAACUGGCGAAGUCUUUCAUUGAUUACUUCGCCGCAGCGAGAAUAUACGUCCACGGAUCAGAUUACCUCGGCACGAUCCGCCAAGGUCCACAGGAGAGCCUAAAAGAUUACCUGACCAGGUUUGCAGAGGCGACCAUGGAGAUACCCGACCUAGAUCUGGCUGUCCAUCUCCAUGCGCUUAAGGCCGGCCUCCGACCUGGCAAAUUCAGAGAAACAAUCGCCAUCACCAAACCGAAGACACUGGAGGAGUUCAGGGAAAGGGCAGCCGGACAAAUGGAAAUUGAAGAACUACGCGAGGCCAACAAAACGGAAAGGAAACCCAUAAGGGAGGAGGAACGAUCAAUGAGAUCGACCCACAACAAGGAGGUCGGCAAAACGUUCAAGCUCACUCCGAAGUUUGACAAUUACACCAGAUUCAACACAAGAAGGGAAAAGAUAAUCAAGGAAAUACUCAAUGCCAAGAUUAUAAAACCCCCAAUAAGAGCAGGCAGUUACCAAGACCAGAGGUUCGUAGACAAAACCAAACAUUGUGCUUUCCAUCAAAAAUACGGACACACCACCGACGAAUGCAUAAUAGCCAAAGACCUUUUGGAAAGGCUUGCACGGCAAGGCCUAUUGGACAAAUACAUUGAGGCGAGGAAGCAUAAGGAAGACGACCGAGGCAGGGAGGAAAGGCAACCGACCUCAGUAAACAAGGAAAAAUGGCCGAGCAAUAACCUACCCAAGGCAGUCAUAAACUGCAUCUCCGGGGGAUUCGCUGGAGGCGGCGAAACAACAUCGGCCAGGAAACGAAGUUACCGAGCCAUGCUAGCCAUAGAAGGAACCUCACCUCCAAACAAGAGCGACGCACCAGAUUUAGAGAUCACCUUCAAUAAAGCGGAUAUGUCCUCGGCCGCCCCACACCUGGACGACCCGGUCGUAAUUUCUAUCCAGACAGGCGACCUACUGGUAAGAAAGGUCCUUUUGGACCCAGGUAGCAGCGCAGACGUACUUUUUCAUUCUACAUUUUUAAAAAUGAACUUAUCUGAAAAACUCAUACAACCCUCCUCCGGAGAACUGGUAGGAUUCUCCGGAGAAAGGGUACCCAUAAAAGGUUAUAUAUGGCUUAAAACGACAAUAGGUGAAAACGCAUCAUUCCGAACACUUGAUAUACAAUACCUGAUUGUCGAUUGCAAUAGUCCUUAUAACAUUAUCCUCGGGAGACCUGCUCUGAACAUGUUCAGAGCAGUAAUAUCAACUUUCCACCUAUGUGUUAAGUUUUAG